AUGGAAUCUGGUGGAAAACCCUUCUCUGAGGGCCCUUGCACAGAAAGGAGGGAGCAGCAACCUGGGUCCUUGGACUCUGAGCCUUCUCAGAUUUGGGAUGGGCCACGAUGUAAUGCCCUGGUUGGCUUCAUCACAUCCAGUGUCCUCUCAAGAACACAGAUUCCUUCACUUCCUUUUUUUUUCCUCCUCAGGAGCUCUGAAAGUUGGAAGAAAGACCGGUCUUUUCUGAACCAUUUAAUGCUGACUGCAGACUCAGUAAACAAUUUUGAGCCCCUGAUCUCUCCAGUCACACAGGAUUUUGUAAAGAUCAUUUACAAAGGGAUUGAGAGGAGCGGGGAAGGAAAGUUCACUGUGAACCUCAAUCAGGACCUGUUUGGAUUUGCUUUUGAGACUAUCUGCAACAUUAUCUUUGGGGAGCGGCAGGGAGUCCUGGAUGAAUUGGUAGAUUCUGAGGCCCAGAAGUUCAUUGAUGCUGUGUCUACAAUGUUCAAUACUAGCGUUCCAAUGCUGAAUAUUCCUCCAGAACUAUUCCGCAUGGUCAAGGCCAAGAUCUGGAGGGACCACGUGGCCUCAUGGGAUACAAUUUUUAAUCGAGGUGAGACUUACACAUGGGUUUUCUAUCUCUCCUUUUCCAGGCUACAUCCCAUUGCAGUCACCAUACAAAGGUACCUUCCAUCAGAUUUAGUUCUCCAGGAUUACACAAUUCCUGCCAAAACACUGGUCCAGGUGGGUCUUUUUGCCAUGGGCAGGGAUCCUAAUUUCUUCCCCAACCCAGAAAAGUUUGACCCAAGGAGAUGGCUCCAUGAAGACACCUAUUUCCGUGCUCUGAGUUUUGGCUUUGGCCCUCGGCAAUGCAUUGGGCGGAGGAUCGCAGAGCUGGAGAUGACUAUCUUUCUGAUACAUAUUUUGGAGAACUUCAAGAUUGAAAUCCACAAGUUUACAGAUGUGGGGACCACCUUUAAUCUCAUCCUGAUGCCUGACAAGCCCAUCAUAUUCACCUUCCGGCCCCUCAAGCCCCAGGUGUAACACAGAGAGACAGAAUUCCUGUGCGUUUAUUGGGAGGGAGGGUGACCUGGAAUUACCACAUUAUAUACAGAACAGCUGGGUAUAAUGCAGGAUGAUACAGAUCCAGGUAGAGAAAUACAAGUAUAUAAUGUGAUUGAAGCUGGGCCAAGGAAAUGAUUUACCUCUUUAUCUAGGGUAGGAUUUCUUAACCUGGAGUCUGUGAACUUUACAUAUAUAUGUAUAUAUAUUUGGAGAACUGUAUUUCAAAAUAAUUAGUUUCCUUUGUACUCCUGUAUAUUUUAUGCAAUUAAAAACAUGGUUCUGAGGAGUCUAAAGACUUUGUGAAACUACCAAAAAGGGGUUUCCUGAUUGAAAAAAGUUAAGAACCUCUGUGAUCUGUGGAUCUGUCUUCUUAUGCCAUAUCUUGCCCUAGGAAAAAGGUCCUGAAACCAAUAAGAAGAUGGUUAAAAGCCUUCUUUGUUACUGGCUUAAAUUGAUUUCACUAUAAGAUCCCCCACAUUUUUUCUCUAUUGCUGAUUGGAGUAGAAGGAAAACAAAAACCAUAUUGCACAUUUGAACUUCUCAAAAUGUCCACUUUGAAAAAAGCAAACAAACCAGAGCUGGAGAGUGUUGUGAGAUGUAAAAUGGAGAAUUCUGAAUAUAUUAAAUCAAAAAGUUUUAUACAAAUAAAUGUUGCCAAAAUUAAAAGAAAGCAGAAAAUUGGGGAGAAAUUUUAAUAGAAAGCCUC